AUGAAUACAUUUUUCAAACAAUUUUCAUGUUUCUUGUUCAUAUUGUUUUUUACUUGCUCUCAAAUCGAAGCUAGAGAUAGCAAGUUCUUUUACAAAUAUGUUCAUCUUAGCAGUAACAACAACAAAAACUAUGUGACGGUGCCCAGUACGGUCCAAAGUUCGGCUCCGGCUCCUGCCCCGGCUCCCCUCACUAGCCAAAUCAGCAAUGCCCCGGCACCCCUUGGCGCAGAAAUUGGAGACGUGCCAACCCCGGCCCCGGCCCCAAUCGAGAGUGAUAAUGCUUAUUAUGGUCUUUAUGGCAAGGGCAGUUCUAGCGACCAAUUUCCUUUCAAAACAACCACCACCACCACCACGGAUGGUGGUGACGAUGAAUUUUCUACUGAAGAGUUCAAGAUGGAAAAUCUCAAUGAGGUGAAUUCAAGAGAAUCCAACAAUUACAACAAUAAUUUUUACCCGGAUAAUUACAACAACAAUGGCUACUCGAAGUCAUAUACAAAAGGCAAUACCGUUGAUCCACAGGGAAUGAGUGACACGAGAUCGUUGGAGAAUGGCAAGUAUUAUUAUGACAUAAACAGUGAGAAUUACAAUCCAAAUAGUGGGUAUGAACCAAUGAGGGAAACCAGCAAUGAGGAAGGCUAUUACAAUCAGAAGUCGAAAUAUGAGUUCGACUCGAUGGAAGAAUAUGAGAAGAAGAAUAACUAUGCAGAUGUUCAAACGGAUCAAUACAUUCCUUGA